UCCCGACCCUCUCCCUCCCUCCCUCCCUCCCUCCCUCCCUCUCUCUCUCUCUCUCUCAAAAAUGGAGGGUAGGAUUAAGAAGAUUAACAAGGAAGCAUGGACUGCGGAGGAAGACAGAAAAUUAGCUGAGGUCAUUGCAGUUAGCGGAGCUAGAAGAUGGCAGGCCAUUGCAGCUAAAGCAGGCUUGAAUAGGAGUGGCAAGAGUUGCAGACUAAGAUGGAUGAAUUAUCUGAGGCCCAACAUAAAGAGAGGCAACAUUUCAGACCAAGAAGAGGAUUUGAUACUUAGGCUUCACAAGCUCCUCGGAAAUAGGUGGUCUUUGAUUGCAGGGAGAUUGCCAGGACGGACAGAUAACGAGAUCAAGAACUAUUGGAAUUCUCAUUUGAGCAAGAAAAUUAAUAACCGAAAGGAGAAACAAAUUAGUCAAGCUUCGAGUGAAGGGGAUGAGAUGGAACAGGUAAGAGAAUUAGAAGAGAAGAAAUCAUCAGAGAGUAGUGAAGACCACUUAAAAGCCAUCGCCAGCUUUGAUAUGGAUGAUCUCUUCGAUUUCUCCAUGAGAACCCCUCUAAAUCUCGGCUGGCCAAGCGAGUUUCUUCUGUCGGAGGACGACAAUGGUCUGAAAGGAUCAUGCUCAUGUAUCCACGAAACUCUUCGCGAAUUUAAUAAACAAUAACUGUUUAUUUCCAUACGCUCAAUCUACUGCUGUUUGAAGUCGAUGCAGUUCAAAAAUGUUGAUCCGUCGUGUUUAAUCUGGUUCUGCCUUGAUCA